CAUCAAAGAACUCACACGGGUGAGAAGGCAUUUUCCUGCCCUGAGUGCGGGAAAUGUUUUUCGCAGAAAGCCCAUCUUGUUACACAUCAAAAGUCUCACACGGGUGAAAAGCCGCAUUCUUGUCCUGAGUGCGGAAAAUGUUUUACAGAAAAAUCAGACCUUGUAAAACAUCAAAGGACUCACACGGGUGAGAAGGCACAUUUUUGUUCUGAGUGUGGGAAAUAUUUUUCACGGAAAUCAUAUCUUGUUACACAUCAAAGAUCUCACACGGGGGAGAAGCCGUACUCUUGCUUUGAGUGCGGGAAAUGUUUUUCUCUGAAGACCCAUCUUAACAAACAUCUGAGGUCUCACACAGGUGAGAAACCGCAUUCCUGUCCUGAGUGUGGAAAAUGUUUUAGAGAAAAAAAAGGCCUUGUAAAACAUCAAAGAACUCACACGGGUGAGAAGGCGUAUGCCUGCCCUGAGUGCGGGAAAUGUUUUGCACAAAGGCACCAUCUUAAUACACAUCAGAGGACUCACACAGGUGAGAAGCCGUAUUCCUGCCCUGAGUGUGGAAAAUGUUUUACACAAAAAUCAGGCCUUCUACAACAUCAAACAACUCAUACAGAGAGACCAUGGAGUCUCUCUGACUCUGAGCAAACUCAUACUGGGGGGGAUGGGGCCGAGAUUCAGGGGGAGAAGAAACAUGCCUGCCCCGAGUGCGGGAAGAGUUUCCCACGAAGAUACGACUUUGUUUUACAUCAAAGAACUCACACAGGGGAGAAGCCGUAUUUUUGUUCUGAGUGCGGCAAAUGUUUUGCAAUAAAAUCUAACCUUGCAAAACAUCAAAGAACUCACACGGGGGAGAAGGCAUUUUCCUGCCCAGAGUGCGGGAAAUGUUUCUCACAGAAGGUCCAUCUUAUUUCACAUCAGAGAACUCACACGGGUGAAAAGCCAUAUUCCUGUCCUGAGUGUGGAAAAUGUUUUACAGAAAAAUCAGUCCUUGCAAAACAUCAAAGAACUCACACGGGGGAGAAGCCAUUUUCCUGCCCUGAGUGCGGGAAAUGUUUUUCACAGAAGGUCCAUCUUAUUUCACAUCGGACAUGUCACACGGGUGAAAAGCCAUAUUCCUGUUCUGAGUGUAUCAAAUGUUUUACAAAAAAAUCAGACCUUGUAAAACAUCAAAGAACUCACACGGACCUUGUUAAACAUCAAAGAUCUCACACAGGGGAGAAGCCGUAUUCCUGCCCCGAGUGCGGGAAAUGUUUUUCACGGAAUUCCCAUCUUAAUGUACAUCGGAGAAGUCACACGGGUGAAAAGCCGUAUUCCUGCCCUGAGUGCGUGAAAUGUUUUUCACAGAAAUCGGACCUUGUUAAACAUCAAAGAUCUCACACGGGGGAGAAGCCAUAUUCCUGCCCAAAGUGCGGGAAAUGUUUUUUACAGAAUUCAGACCUUGUUAAUCAUCAGAGAACUCACACGGGGGAGAAGCCGUAUCCCUGUCCUGAUUGCGGGAAAUGUUUUGCGAUAAAAUCGAACGUGGCAAAACAUCAAAGAACUCACACGGGGGAGAAGCCAUUUUCCUGCCCGGAGUGCGGGAAAUGUUUUUCACAGAAAGUCCAUCUUAUUUCUCAUCAGAGGUCUCACACUGGUGAAAAGCCGUAUUCCUGUCCUGAGUGCGGGAAAUGUUUUACAGAAAAAUCAGACCUUGUAAAACACCAUAGAAUUCACACGGGUGAGAAGGCGUAUUCCUGCCCCGAGUGCGGGAAAUGUUUUUCACAGAAAUCAUACCUUGUUAAACAUCAAAGAUUUCACACAGGGGAGAAGCCGUAUUCCUGCCCUGAGUGCGGGAAAUGUUUUUUACAAAAACAAGAACUUGUUAAACAUCACAGAUCUCAUACAGGAGAAAAGCCGUAUUCUUGCCCUGAGUGCGACACCAUCUUAAUACACAUGAGCGGACUCACACGGACGGGUGAGAAGCCGUAUUCCUGCCCUGAGUGCGGGAAAUGUUUUGCACACAAGCCCCAUCUUAACACACAUCGGAGGUCUCAUACGGGUGAGAAACCUUAUUCCUGUUCUGAGUGUGGAAAAUGUUUUGCGGAAAAAUCAGGCCUUGUAAAACAUCAAAGAACUCACACGGGUGAGAAACCGUAUUCCUGUCCUGAGUGCGGGAAAUGUUUUACACAGAAUUCACAGCUUGUUAGACAUCAAAGAUCUCACACGGGGGAAAAGCCGUAUUCCUGUCCUGUGUGCAGGAACUGUUAUUCAAAAAAGUCACUUCUUAUCAAACAUCAGAGGACUCACACAGGUGAGAAACCGUAUUCCUGUUCUGUGUGUGGAAAAUGUUUUACACAAAAAUCAGACCUUGUGAAACAUCAAACAAUUCACACGGGGGAGAAGCCAUAUUCCUGCCCUGAGUGUGGAAAAUGUUUUUCCCAGAGUUCCCACCUUUACACACAUCAGAGAUCACACACGGGUGAGAAACUUCAUUCCUGUUCAGAGUGCGGGAAAUGUUUUCCCCAUAAAUCACAACUAGUCAGACAUCAUAGAUCUCACACAGGGGAGAAGCCAGGUUUUAUCUUAAUAUACAUCAGAGGUUUCACACAGGAGAUUUAUUCCUGUCCUGAGUGCGGGAAAGGUUUUUUAUAUAAAUCAGAACUAAUUAGACAUCACAGAUCUCACACGGGAGAGAAGCCGUAUUCUUGCUCUAUGUGUGGAAAAUGUUUUACAAUAAAAUCAAACCUUACAAAACAUCAAAGAACUCACACGGGUGAGAUGGCAUAUUUCUGCCCUGAGUGCGGGAAAUGUUUUUCCCAUAAAUCAGAACUAGUCAGACAUCACAGAUCUCACACAGGUGAGAAGCCAUAUUCCUGUCCUGAGUGCGGGAAAUGUUUUACAAUAAAAUCAAACCUUACAAAACAUCAAAGAACUCACACGGGUGAGAUGGCAUAUUUCUGCCCUGAGUGCGGGAAAUGUUUUCCCCAUAAAUCAGAACUAGUCAGACAUCACAGAUCUCAUACAGGGGACAAGCCGUAUUCCUGUCUUGAGUGUGGAAAAUGUUUUACAAUAAAAUCAAACCUUACAAAACAUCAAAGAACUCACACAGGUGAGAAGGCGUAUUUCUGCCCUGAGUGUGGGAAAUGUUUUCCUCAUAAAUCAGAAUUUGUCAGACAUCACAGAUCUCACACGGGGGAGAAACCAUAUUGCUGCUCUGAGUGCGGGAAAUGUUUUUCACUCAAGGCCAAUCUUAAAACACAUCAAAGGUCUCGUGUGUGCAAAAAGGCGCGUUCCCGUUCUUAG